AUGGCGGAGCGGGAGCAAGAGAAAGCUCCGGUACCCUCCAUAUUGAGGACAAGCCCAGAGGCACUCGUGAUCAAGUGUUCUUCAGGUUGCACUUUCUCGAAUGCGCGGUUCGAGGUCAGCAGAGCAACAGUUGAAGCUCGAUUAAACAACACUGCAGUAGUCACUAUGGAAGAUCCACCCACGGAACGACCUCCAGAAAAGAGCAAGUCAUGUGGACUUGCAUGCACCUCCAAAGCCAGACUGCAACACCACAUGUUUGCACACUGUCACAGUGAGUCUGAAAAGUGUCCUGCUACUCUUCCACCAAAUAUUCAGGUGGAAGAGGAGGGCUUUGGGUGCGACGUGUGUCACUCUGCAUUUUCACAGUCUGUCAGUCACGCGAACCACGUUUCGAAGCGUACUGAUGAGAAGACAUAUAUGUGCGAUCUCUGUCCUGCAGAGUUCAUCCAGGGCACGCACCUGCAACGCCACAAGAUGAUGCACACUGGCGAGAAUCCAUGGAAGUGCGAUCUCUAUCCUGCAGAGUUCAACUGGAAUGCGCAUCUACGGCUUCACAAGCGGACACACAAGGAGGAGAAGCCAUUCAAGUGUGAUGUCUGCCUUGCAAAGUUCAGCCGAACAGUGACCUGCAGCGCUAUAAGAGGACACACACCGAGCUCACACCUGCAGCGUCAUAAAAAGACGCAGACGGGCGAGAAGCCAUACAAGUGCAAUGUCUGCCCUGCAAAGUUCAGCCGGAGCGGGCACCUACGAGACCACAAGCGGACACACAUGGGGGAGCAGCCAUAA